AUAAAAGGAGGUUCCUUAUUUCAGCUGGUAAACCUUUUCACCAAAGGAGCAGGAAUACUCACUUGCUGUGUUAUUGACUGUGGCUACCCUGGUUUUACCCAAAAUGCAGUUUUUCAUGGUUUUUGUCCUCAUUAUCUUGGCUCUGAAUGGAUAUGAAACAGUUAGAAUUGAAAGAAAGUGCCCCAGCGAUUGGGAGAAAUUUGGAAAAUACUGCUAUAAAUACAUAGCUGAGUCCAAGCCAUGGGCUGAGGCCGAGCAAAACUGCCUGUCCUUGGGGGGCAACCUUGCAUCUGUGCACAACAAAGAAACGCACAAUUUCCUCCAGAACUAUGUGAAAAGUAAGGCUGGAAAGUAUGACCGUACCUGGAUCGGCCUUCACGACGCACCUCAGGAUUUUAUUUGGUUUUGGAGUGAUGGUACCAAGUUUGACUUUGAUGCAUGGCAUUCUGGAGAGCCAAACAACGGAGGAUGGACAGAGAAAUGUGUUGAAAUGAACUUUGGAGAUGAACACCUGUGGAAUGAUGACCGCUGUAGUUAUGGCCAUUACUCUGUGUGUCAAAAACAAGCAAAGAUUCAGUUUCCCCCCAUGGCAAAAUAACUGUCAUCCUGUCGUCAAAACUGUAAUCACAAAAAAAUGCAUUUGACAAACAACUUUUCUUGCAUUAGAAAAAAAAAAACUUUUAAUAAAGCUUUGUUUUCAUGAAUUUCAAAUAA